AUGAUGGAGAAGAUCCUACUGGGUGGUGCUGAAAGGCGUUCAAAGGACAAGGCAAUCAUCAGGCACACCUUCUACGAUAAGGACACCUGCACUGUCGAUGAAGGGAAGGACGUGGAUGUAGGUUUUCUGGAUUUUAGGAGGGCUUUUGAUCCUGUCCCUCACAGAAUCCCUCUGGACAAGAUGUCCAACUGUGAGAUGAACAGUCUGUCUCACACCCUGGGGCACUCGGGGACCAGCAUAAAAGCCGGCCCAGCGCCUCUCUCCCUCACACACUGCUCCUGACGCCUUCUCCUUGACGGGACCCUCCACACCACAGACAUGGCCUGCUACGACCUCUGCCGCCCCUGCGGACCCACCCCGCUGGCUGACAGCUGCAACGAGCCCUGUGUCAGGCAGUGCGAGGACUCCCGCGUCGUCAUCCAGCCUCCCGCUGUGCUCGUCACCCUGCCAGGACCCAUCCUCAGCUCCUUCCCACAGAACACCGCCGUCGGAUCCUCCUCAUCCGCUGCCGUGGGCAACAUCCUCAGCUCCCAGGGAGUGCCCAUCUCCUCCGGCGGCUUUGGCUACGGCUUCGGCUUUGGAGGCCUGGGCUGCUUCGGUGGCAGAAGAGGCUGCUACCCCUGCUAA